CGACAAGACACCCUCAGUCAUCAAAUUUCUCCAUCCAACACAGUUCACACACACAUGUCCGGGUCCACGUUGCCACCGGCAUUGCAUCCGACGCCCGGAUCGCCCGUAGCAGCGACUGCAGCAGCAGACCCGAGCGACUCUGAGCAGUUCUUCUCUGGCGCAGUGGCUGGCGUUGUGCGCACCGUCUCGCGGGUGGUUGCGUCGCUGGGCACCAAGACGAUUGCCGGCACGAUCGCCGGUCUGAGCGAGGAAGUCAUGGGCUACCCGCUCGACCUCGUCAAGCUUGCCAAACCGCCAAGACUGCCGAACGAAACGUAACGUAACUUGAGCGAUACUGACUGACGUCCGUACAUUGCCCCACUCUCCUAGACUCGAAUGCAAGUGCACACAAAGCCAGUCUCAGCGCUGACUGUAUUCCGCGAAGUCAUUGCUCAGAACGGUGUCACAGGAAUUUUCAAAGGUCUGGGUCCGCCGCUGGCCGCAUCCGCAUUCGUCACGUCAGCACUGUUUGGCAGCUACUCGGCGGUUCUCGCUCAACUGCACACUCACCCCGUCAUCCACGAACAUAGCUUCUUGCAAUUGAACGUGCACAACGCCAUCGCAGGUGCUGGUGGUGGCUUGGCGCAAGCAUUCCUUACGUGCCCCAUUGAUGUCGUCAAAAACCGGCUGCAGAUCGAAGGCAUGGGGCACGGCGACGGCGGCCAUGGACAUGCUCAUGGAGGCGGCGGCAGCGCCUUCAAGCUCGCUCGGCACAUUGUUUCGUCCCACGGGUUGCGCGGAUUGUAUCUUGGCUUUGGUCCGACCCUCAUGCGUGAUGUGCCCGGUUACGCCGUGUUCUUUGCCUCGUACGAAAGCCUAAAGCAUUUGAUGCUGGGCGAUGCCAAGCGUGGCGACGACGCAGAGCCGGACGGUGGCGAGCACGCUGGCGGGCCCUUGGCCGUCAUUGUUGCAGGCGGCACGGCUGGCUCCCUGUACCACCUGUCCACCUAUCCGUUUGAUGUGGUCAAGACGGCCAUCCAGACGCAGCCAGAUACCUAUCCGCGCAUGUACAAGAACACGUUCGACUGCUACAAGCAGUUGGUCGCGCAGUAUGGACACGGCGCGCUCAUCCGCGGCAUUGGCCCGACCAUGGUCCGCGCCUUCCCUGCAAACGCGGCGGGCUUCUUGGCAUACGAGCUGACUCUUCGUUUGCUCCCGUAGAAGGACGAUUUGUCGUCGCUCCACGAGACAACACGAUGCCUUUUUUGCGUUCUUGGUUUUUUUUUUUAUGGAGAUUCAUUGAUGAAACAAAACAUACGACAAUUCCACAACAACAACAACAUACACCACUAGCUGGAUGAUACAACUGCGCGCGUGAGGUGACUUUUUUGUUUUGUUACUGCUGCUUUCGGAUCUCGUCGAGACGGUUGACAAUGAAGUGGGUCGAGUCCAAAAAGCGCUCCACACACUGGGUCAAGCAAGCCUCCUCCUUGGCCUCGAGG